AUUUUAUUGACAUCUAUGUGACGGAUCAAUCACAACAUAAGCAACAGGAUUCGAGUGAAGUUACUUAGUCUCAACAACCAGGAGAAACAGUUUUUUUAUAAUCAACCUCUAUGGUACUUAAUACACAUGUACGAGCAACAAACAUCUAAAGCCUUUAAAUAAUUCUGGGGUCCGUUGCACUGGUAAUUUCGUUGCUGUCUGCCAACAAUAAUGAUGGACUACCGCGGCAAUGAUCCGGGAGCUGUCCAAUAUGGAAAUUUCAUAAACUACUACCAAUUCAAUUCUGCUGAGGAGCGGAUAAGACUGUUACCUGACGACGUAUGGCUUUCCCACACAUCAGUAAAGAACAAUGAACCCUAUCUAAUCCUCGACGUAGGCUGCAAUUCAGGGGCUGUCACAUGUCUCCUCCACGACUUCAUUGCAAAGCACACGAAAAGAAAAGUUUGUGUUCUCGGCAUAGAUAUAGACCCCAUUCUUAUUGAACGCGCGGUUGAAUCGAAUUCAAAUGAGAAUGUAACGUACAAAUGCUUGGACAUCAUGAACGAACAAAAAACACGUUGUAUAUCCGACUUCCUAGCUAAAUACGGCCAAACCAGUUUCGACGCCACGUUCUGCCUCUCGAUAACUAUGUGGAUUCACAUCAACAACGGUGAUGAUGGGCUGAAGAGUUUCCUUCGAAAGUGUGCGAGCAUAACGACACUCCUCGUAGUGGAACCCCAGCCGUGGAAAUGCUAUCAAGCGGCGGUCAAAAGGUUUCGUAAGGCUAGAGACGUAUUCACCCACUUUGUUGACCUACAGUGGCGGACUAAUGUCGAGGAUGAAAUUCAGGCAUAUUUGCAGCGAAGCCUCAGCUGCACCAAAAUCUACGAAGCAGAACCGACUAAAUGGAAAAGAAAAAUUUGCAUUUACCACACAAACAAAUAAAACCUACUUUUAUUAAAACUUUA